AUGACAAGCACUGACACAGAUGACAUAACAGCUCUUGAGAACACCACCCUAAAUAACCUCCUAGCCGUGGACAACACCUACUGCACACGUUUACAAAUUCGAACGAAGCUCCUCAAUCAAGAACACCACGAAGUCAUUGCGUGCAACCCAGAAGCCGUCCCCGCAGUCCAAGAACUCUACGAAUGGCUCAUAGGAACGUACCUACCCCAACGCUUCCCAAGCCUAUACCGCAUCACAGAAUCAGGCAAACAUUUGCGGAACCACGUCACAGAUACCCUCAUCCCACUACAUAUGCCAAACGGAGAAGAAGCACUUGAGAUCUUAGGUGCGAACAUCGAUACGGAAUUCCUUUUACUCACUCCCUCUCCUCCUACAUCUUCGCCUACUGUUCCCACGAAAUACGUACUAACGGCCUUUGUAAACUGCUUUCCAAGCGGCUUCAACACACGCUCAAAACUCGGCCAACUCCUCGCUGACAUCCACGCUCCCGUCCCCGGGUACGCGGCAAAGCUAGAGAAGAGCAUGGAUCGCUUCUUUGCCAAUCUGCCUGUGGGCAAGAUCGUUAAGCGGAGUAAUUGGAGCAUCAGUACGAAUGGGGAGCUGUUCUGCUUGCAGGGUAAUCAUAUGAGUGAAGAGGAGAUGCAAAGAAAGCAAGAAGUGGAGGAUGUAGAGGAGAUUGAUCUGAACAAGUCGGUAGUAAGGUGUGAAAGGCAGACGUUGCAUCGUUUACCAAAGACUGGAGCACUGGUCUUUGCGUUCAAGCUGGAUUCGGCUAACGAGAACAAGACCUACCAGUAUCCCCUACGUGAAUUGAGGGACGAGGGAAGUGGGCAGGUUCUUGCGGAAGCUAUCGACGGCUUGGGCCUGGGCAGCGUACCAGCCAUGACUAUCUACAAGCGUCAGGUCGUUUGGGGUGAUAAAGUCAAAGCGUUCUUGAGAGGAGAGAUUGAUGCUUGA